AUGAACAAGGCAACAACAAUAAAAGAAGCCAUUAAAAAAUGGGAAGAAAAAACAGGUCAACAUGCAGCUCAGGCGACGGAAGAGUCUUUGAGCGAUACUUUAGAAGAAUUAUGGAUAUCCUACAAUCUUGUAGAAAAAUUGAAAGGCAUUAAUGUCCUACGUAGCUUGAAAGUAUUAUAUAUGAGCAACAAUCUAGUUAAAGAGUGGAGCGAAUUUAACAAAUUACAGGAAUUACCAAAUCUAGAAGAUUUGUUAUUCGUUGGAAAUCCAUUGUAUGACGGCUGUGAACUAGAAGUAUGGCGAUCUGAAGCAGCGAGAAGACUGCCCGGCCUAAAAAAGCUGGACGGUGAAACAGUGUUGCGCGAAGACGAACCACCAUUGACUGUUGCUGAUAUUGAACCAGACGGUGGCGAUGCGGUGGAGACUCUUGUCAGUGCUGAAACCGAUGAC